AAUGUGUGGAGCCGAGGGAUCUAGGAGUGUGGGUACGAGUUGGGCCGAAGGGCCUCUUUCCAACGCUGUAUCUAUGACUCUAUGACAAAGUGCUGGAGUAACUCAGCAGGUCAGGCAGCAUCUGUGGAGAGAAGGAAUGGGUGGCGUUUUGGGUCGACACCAUUCAUUGGUUUAGUUUAGUUUGGAGAUGCAGUGCGGAAACACAGGCACAUGGAGUCCGCGCCGACCAGCGAUCACCCCGUACACUAGCACUAUCCUACGCACAUUAAGGACAAUUUAUCAAUUUCGCUGAGGCCAAUUAAUCUACAAACCUGAAUGAAACCCCUUGCUAGAAUUUAGGAGAUGGAUCUUAUAGAAACUUACAAAAUUCUUAAGGGGUUGGACAGGCUAGAUGCAGGAAGAUUGUUCCCCAUGCUGGGGAAGUCCAGGACAAGGGGUCACAGCUUAAGGAUAGAGGGGAAAUCCUUUAGGACCAAGAUGAGGAAAACAUUUUUCACACAGAGAGUGGUGAAUCUCUGGAACUCUCUGCCACAGAAAGUAGUUGAGGCCAGUUCAUUGGCUAUAUUUAAGAGGGAGUUAGAUGUGGCCCUUGUGGCUAAAGGGAUGGAGAGAAGGCAGGUACGGGAUACUGAGUUGGAUGAUCAGCCAUGAUCAUAUUGAAUGGCGGUGAGGGCUGGAAGGGCCGAAUGGCCUACUCCUGCACCUAUUUUCUAUGUUUCUAUGAAACCGGAGCACACAGAGUAAAAUCCCACAUCAAGGUGAGAAUGUACAAACUCCGCACAGACAGCACCAGUAGUCAGGAUCGAGCCCGGGUCUCUGGCGGUGAGGCAGCAGCUGUACCACUGCUCCAGUAUGCCGCGCAGAAUUAUAUAACGGUUUCUUCUGCCAUAAACGCACCCAAUAUGCGUUAGUAAUGUCCUGUUUGCCAACUUGUUGACCCUCUGUGUUCCCCUCCUGCAGGGUUUAGGAGCCGUUGCUGUGGACGGAGAGACGGAGACGUGAGUGGCCAUUGAGGGCAGCCAGAGGACCCCCACAUCUGCUCGGUGUGCGGGCUGAGCUUCGAGGGGCUGAGCUUCGAUGGAGGACCACAUGACGAGGGACAACAAGGAGAAGCAUUAUGAGUGCGACGUGUGUGGCAAGGCCUGGCAGAGCCCAAGCGAGCUGGAGACCCACCGGCGGAUUCACACGGGAGAACGCCCCUACGACUGCACGAAGUGCGGCAUGAACUUCACCCGGUCUGGCGGCCUGCUGCGGCACAACCAUGUGCACUCUGACGAGAGGCCCUUCACCUGCUCCGACUGCGGCAAGAGCUUCAAGUCGGCGAAUGAGCUGACGAUCCACCGGCGGGUGCACACCGGGGAGCGGCCCUACACGUGCGGCGACUGUGGCAAGGGCUUCUCCCUCUCCAGCAGGCUGCUGGCGCACCAGAGCAUCCACACCGGCGAGCACCCCUACACCUGCACCAAGUGCGGCAAGGGCUUCACCAACACCACCAGGCUACUGGAGCACCAGCGCACCCACACCGGGGAGCGCCCCUACACCUGUGCCCAGUGCGGCAAGGGCUUCACCAGCUCCAGCAACCUGCUGCAGCACCAGCGCACCCACACCGGUGAGCGCCCCUACAUCUGUGCCCAGUGCGGCAAGGGCUUCACCAGCUCCAGCAACCUGCUGAAGCACCAGCGCACCCACACUGGCGAGCGCCCCUACACCUGUGCCCAGUGCGGCAAGGGCUUCACCCUUUCCACCCAGCUGCUGUCCCACCAGCGCAUGCACCCCUUUCCCAGCCCGGUGUGUGGAGAGUGCUUUGCCAUGGCCUCCCAAGCCCUGUCUCACUAGUGCUUGCACACCAGUGGCUAGCCCUAUGACUGCCCUAUAAUGCGGUGAGGCGUUGAUAGCUGGCGUAGUUGUGGCAGCACUGGCGGGCCCAUGCCGGCGAGCGGCAGCUCCCAAUGCGGCAAAGGUUUCAAGAGUGCAUGGGGGCUGCCUGAGCACACCGGAGAGAGACCCUUUGUGUGCGCUGAGUGUGGCAAGGGUUUCACCGGCAUGACCAGCCUGUAGCAGCACCGGCGUACCCACAGCGGUGAGCGUCCCUUCCCCUGCCCGUCCCAUGGUAAGGGCUUCACCCGCCUUGACCACCUGCUGGAGCUCCGGCUUGUCCUCACUGGCCAGCGCCCCUUCACCUGCCCGCUCUGUGGCAAGCCCUUCGCCCGCUCCUCCAGCCUGCUGGCACACCCCGACAGAGAUAGGUACUGUUUCAGUAGACACGAAAUGCUGGUAGGAAUGGGUAACGUUUCGGGUCGAGACCAUUCUUCAGUCUCUCAUUCCUUUUGUCCAAAGAUGCUGAUUGUCCGGCUGAGUUACUCCAGCAUUUUGUGCCUUUUUUGUAAACCAGCAUCUGCAGUUCCUUGUUUUUAAACCAUUCUCAUUAGCCAUCUCUGCACCUUCCCCAAAGCCUCCACUUCAGUCCUGUAAUGGAGUGACCAGAACUGUAUGUAAUACUUCAAAUCCUACCUAACCAAUGUCCCUUAAAGCUUCACAUAUACAUUCAUCUCUCCUUAUUUCACAUCCUUUUAUCUCCUUAUUUUCCCUCGCCUCUGUCACUUACUUCACUCAUCUGCCGAUCACCCCCUCAUCUGUUAACGUAGUGUCAGUCUGAAUAAGUGUCCUGACGGAAAAUGUCACCUAUCCAUGUUCUCCACAGAUGCUGCCUGACCCGCUGAGUUACUGCACCACUUUGUGUUAGAGUCACAGAGUGAUACAGUGUGGAAACAGGACCUAUGGUAACUCAAAUAUCACUGUACCUUAAUUAGCACGUGACAAUAAGUUGAACGGUAAGCUUUCCUCUAUAUCUGUAUCUAUCCAUCUCCAUAAUUAUAAAAUUCUAAUCUUGGAUGUGUGUGUGUGCUUAUUUAUUUGUUUGUGUGUUGUCACAUCUUCUCGAAAAAACAACGCGCUAAUGCCCCCUCUCUCCACUCUCU